AUGGACCAGGCACUCGUUGCCGAGCACUAUAACCGUAGAAAAGAUGAGGGAAAAGAAGGACGAAAGUCUUCUCGAAUCAUACGCCUGCGAAAUCUGAACAACUGGAUCAAGGCGGUUCUGAUUGGACUGCACUCGAGACCCGGUUGCGUCGUGCUUGACCUCGCUUGUGGAAAAGGCGGCGACCUGCUCAAGUUCGCUCGAGCUCAGGUUUCACACUGGGUUGGUGUAGAUCAUGCUCGCGUGUCUCUAGAGCACGCUGUACAGCGCUACAACGACUUGGGUCCGAAGCAGCGCUCGUUUCCUGCACACUUCUUGUGCGGCGAUGUGUUCGGCGUUGAUCUCGAAGCAAAUCUGGACCUCGAGUGGCCUGCGUUCGACCUCGUUAGCUGUCAGUUUGCGGUGCACUACGCUUUCGAAAGUGAACAGCGAGUUCGGCAGAUGCUGCACAACGUUACCUGUCGACUGAAACCGGGUGGGUUUUUCAUUGGAACGACGCCGGACGCUAAUGUGUUGGUGAGCAAGCUGCGCGCAGCAAGUGGCUUGUCUUUCGGAAACAGUAUUUACCGGAUCUCGUUUGAAAAUUCGAGUCAGAGUAUCGACGCAGAUGGAACGUCGGCGGAUCUAGGGAACUUGGAGCACGAUCCAGCGCCGACUCUGGAAACUGCAACCAGUGCGGCGAAGCGUUUCCCGCCGAGCCGGCCGUUCGGUAUCCGGUAUCAUUUCACUUUGGACGAAAAUGUCGAAGACUGUCCAGAAUACCUGGUGCAUUUUCCAACCUUUGAGCGAAUCGCCGCGGAAUAUGACCUGGAGCUGUUGCUCCGAAUGAACUUUCAUGCGUUUGUGAACGCCUUUGCACUUCAGGCGGACGCACCAGCUCGAUUCCGCGACCUUUUUCAACGAAUGCAGGUUCUUGAUCCCGAGUCGGGCACGAUUUCGCCUGAAGAGUGGGAUGCAGCGUACCUGUAUCUCGUGUUCGCGUUUCGGAAACGCGGCCAGGGACCGUCCGCUGCAACCGAGAGGCAUGCACCCGUCCAGACGGAGCAGGCUGCGCCUCUGGAUCCGCAGCUAUCGAUUCGAGACCUCAGCGCCCCGUCAAAGCCUGGGAAUAGCGGGGACACGUAG